GUUAUAGGUCCAUAUCUAUACUGCUUAACGAUGAAGCUCGUUGUGACACUGCUAAUUCUAACGUUUCUUAUUUCGGCCAGUGCAAAAAAGAAAGUGCGUGCCAGGAUCGCCGGAGGCUAUAGAGCCAAGCCUUAUACGAUGACGUACCUCGUUGGAAUUCUCUUCGCCAAAUCUCACCUGUCCAAAAUUGAGUUAGGGGCCGGCACCAUAAUAUCGAACCAAUGGGUAAUUACAGUCAGGAAUGUCCUGAUCUAUGAGUUUAUCGAGGUACACUUUGGCUCGAGGAGACCGUGGUGGGGCUAUCGCCGUAAAAGGGUCUACAGUCAAAACUUUUACUUUCACUUUGAUAAAAAUCGCACUCUUGCCUUGGUAAAGGUGCCGUACCAGAAAUUCGACGAACGCCUAGACAGAGUACGUAUUCCAUCUUAUAAAGAUUGGCGUAAUCACUACGUGGGAGCUAAGACCGUGAUAUGCGGUUGGGGAAAUGGAAAAGUUGGAGGCGAUCCCCCCGAUUGGCUGCGCUGCGCUGUAGUAAAGCCCAUAACCAACGAGGAGUGCGCCAAGUAUUACCCCCAAUUGCAAUACUAUGAAAUGUGCACAUCCGGAGAUGAUAACAAAGGUAUUUGCGAUGGCGACAUUGGCGGUUCUGUGGUUUCUUUCCAGGGUAAGAUGAUGCUGAUUGGCGUUAUAAAUCUUAGACCCGCCAACUGUAGCGGGGGCUGGCCAUCGAUACACGUCCGGAUCAGCAAUCACUUAUUGUGGAUAAAGACAGUCACUGGAAUAUCUUACCGAUAAGCAAAGUCAUAUCCAUAUAUUUCUAAACACAGUUAUAUUGGAAACAAGGGCCACAUUAUGAUAUAUUUUAUUUUUGUAAUUAAACAAUCCAGAAACUGAUUUUAAAGUAGUAUGCAAAAAGCAUCCACCAACGAUUAUUUUUAAGUAACUUGAUAGCAUUAAAACAAUGAUUGUAGCUUAAUAAAUAAUUAAAAACAUUUUAUCAACAUUAUAA